AUGAGCACAAGAUUCAGUUCACCAGUUUUUCUGGACACAUGUAAUCAUUAUAGUCAUAAAGAUCGAAAAUAUAAAAAGAAUAUCUUUGAAGUAAGAGUUAAUGAACCAAUUGAUGUAGAAAUGAAAAAUCAUCCAGUUUACAAUAUUGAUCCUGGUGGAUGUAGUAGUACAGUCGAUGAGAGCGUAACGAAUGACUCAUAUAAUAAACCAUGGGAGUCUAGCAAUAUAAAUACAGGGCAUUAUCCAUAUCAUUGUGACACGGAUCUGGAAGUAUGCAGUCAAUCAAACUAUAUUGAUGUAUAUAAUAAUAAUAAUUGUGAUUACAAAAAAUUGCCACAUAAUACAUCAACAGGAUUUAAACACUUUCUUGCUCCCCCACCUCAGGAAUGUACACAAAGAAGAACAUCACUUCAUGGCAAAACAAUAACAAUACGUAUAAGUCGUAAUGAGACUAGAUAUCGAAAAUUGCAAGCUAAAAUUUAUAAUUUUCUUGAAAGACCAAAAACAUGGCCUUCUGUAAUAUAUCAUGUGUUCGUAUUUGCUUCAGUUUUUGGUUGCCUUGUUCUCAGUGUAUUAUCUACAAUUAAUGAGUAUGCAGAAUCAGCUGGACGAGUUUUACUUUACAUGGAACUUGUAAUACUCUUUUGGUUUUUUGCUGAAUAUUGCCUACGUUUAUGGAGUGCUGGGUGUCGAUCCAGAUAUCAAACAUGGCGUGGAAGGUUACAUUUUGCAAGAAGACCAUUUUGUAUCGUAGAUGUCAUUGUUAUUGUCGCCAGUGUAGUCGUUCUUGCUGUAGACAGUGACAGAAAUAUGUUUGCAGCAAGUGCACUAAGAGGAUUGAGAUUCUUUCAAAUUUUACGUAUGAUACGAAUGGAUCGCAGAGGCGGAUCAUUUAAAUUAUUAGCAUCUGUUGUAUGGGCACAUAGACAAGAAUUAUUCACAACGAAAGAAAAUGAAAAAAUUCGUACAUAUGCAGAUGCAUUAUGGUGGGGUGUAAUAACAUUAUGUACUGUAGGUUAUGGUGAUAGCGUACCACAAUCUGGUUUGGGCAAAACUAUUGCAGGAUGUUCAUGUUUGGCUAUAAUAUCUUUCUAUGCCUUACCACCGGGCAUAUUAGGUAGCGGUUUCGCUCUCAAAGUUCAACAACAUCAAAGACAAAAACAUCUAAUUCGAAGACGAGUUCCAGCUGCUACAUUAAUUCAAUGUUUAUGGAGAUGUUAUGCUGCAGAUCCUCAUUCAUCAUCCAUCGCAACAUGGAAAAUUCAUAUGAGACCUAUUAGGAAACCUGUUGGAUUAACUAAUUCAUAUUCAAUGACUGAACGAAGUGGUUUUUCUCGAUUUGGUCGAUUUUCAACAUUAAAACGUCGUUCAGAAAAAACUACUUCUAAUACAAAUACAAACAUUAAUAACAUUGCUCUUACUAUAUCAACAGAUGAUGAAACACCGAAAUCUGCACCUGUUAAAAGUGAAGAUUUAGAUGGUAUUUAUGCAUUUAUAAAUGAUGAAGAUACCAUAAAUUUGCAAAAUACUCCUGACCCUGUUAAAUCAUCAGAUUUAGACGAGAAAAUAGUAAAAGCAUCAAAUGAACUGUUACCAAUCUUAACAAAAGUACAAAUACCAAAUGAUAGACUGUGCACAACUGAUUUACUGUCCACUAGUCAAAGUGAACAUAUUAGUAUAUCAAAAAGUGGAAAUCCCCCAGCACAACAGAAACAAAAUUUUAAUAGUCAAACAAUGUUUCAACAUGAUCCAUAUUUAUGCUCAUCACGUGGAUCUGAAGUCAUUAUGCAUCCAUUAACUGAAAAAGAAAAAAUUGCUGUACGUGUAAUUCGAAAACUGCGAUUUUUUGUAGCACGUAGAAAAUUUCGUGAAGCUCUCAGACCAUAUGAUGUAAAAGAUGUAAUUGAACAGUAUUCAGCUGGACAUGUUGAUAUGUUAGCUAGAGUGAAAAUACUUCAAGCAAGGUUAGAUCAAAUUUUAGGAAGACCUGGCUCUAAAGGUGAUGAUGUCUAUGAUUCACAUCAAUGUUUAGCGUCAAGAAUUGUGAAAAUUGAACAUAAGAUUGAUACUGUUGAAAUGAAACUUGAUAGAUUGAUCAAUAUUUUAAAAGCUGAUUAUAUGUUUAAAUAUCGUAGUCAAGUAGAAAAUACCGAUGUCAAUAUGAAACAUUCACUGCAGAAUAAUGACCAAUACAUUCAACAAACUAAUUGUUCAGACAAAGUAAAUCACCAAAUCCAGUGUAAUACACUUUUUUCAACAACAACGACAACAGGACAAUAUCCAAAACUAUCAGAGGAUAAAGUGUUUGUGAUUCAACGUAGAUCACAUAAUAAAUUCCAGAAACAAAAAUUGUCUGCAUCAGAAAGAAAUUCACUGACUGUCAAUUUUCCAUUAUCACUGAUAAGUGAACGAUGGAAAAGUAUUGAUGCUGAAACAUCUUUGAAAAAUAUUUAUCCUUCCAAUAAAAAACCUAGUACAGACACUACUAUAUACAACCAGAAUAAUGAUAAUACUCAGAAAGUAUAUUCAAAAUUACAAUUCACAUCUCAUUCUGAAGAAUCUCCUUUAACGAAAAGACGAAGUUUUCCCUUACAAUCUACGUCAUCAUUUAAUAUUCUAUCAAAUAAACAAGCAUUGUCAACUUAUUCAGAAAGUUGUUUAAAAAGAGUUAUUAAUGAUAAUAAUAAUAAUAAAGAUCAUAGUUUUAAAUCACUUAAUAAUAUAAAAGAAAUGAUACAUGAUCUUAAAACAACUCAAUAUCUCACUGAUCCUUAUACACAAAUUUCAAAAAAUUAUUCCAAUCUAUCAAAAAGUAUGAAUUCAAUUACUAUUCCUUAUCGAGAUUCUUCUUCCUCUUUUAAAACAUACCUACAAAGACAAGAAGAGAUUAUUACUCCUUUAGAUUAUGAAUAUAUUGUAGAAGAAGAACAACAAGAGAGAACAUCUUUAUUAGAUACAAUUAAUAAGAUAAACAACUAA